AUGACGAGUCCGUAUUCCCGUAAAGACAUUAUCCUUUUCAUCGUGGCCUUUAUAUUCCCACCAGCUGCUGUAGCAAUGAAAACUGGUUGUAGUAUCGACCUAUUGAUCAAUGUAUGUUUAUGCGCCUUGGGUGCUAUACCUGGUAUUAUUCAUGGCUUUUACAUUGUUCACAAAUACAACGACAAAAUUGAAGAUUUAGAGGCAGGCAGUUUUCGGUAUGAAAGAGUGGUAACGGAUGAACCUGCUAGAGUGCAAUAUGGCGCAACGGCGCCAAACUAG